AGCUGCCGCGUGAAUUAUAAUGGUGUGUUGUACUUAUUUGGAAAAUGAAGAUUAUAAAGUAAAAGUAUGUGCAAUCGCAAAUGGUUUGAUAAUUUUAAUUCUAAACUGUUGAAACAAGAGAGCGGGCAUCGUCAUCAUGCUUCAAGCCUACAAGAACGAGGUCGUGGCGGAUGUGUCAAUCCGCCAAGCCGAACUGCGGCAGUUGGAACUAGAUUACUACGUCGCGAAUUAUUGGCUCUGGUGCGGCGCGUCGACCAUUGUCGGUGGGUUCCUCUUAUGCAUUGCAAAUAUGUCUGGGUCUGGAAAGAUGAAAGGUUUGUCAUGCUUGGCUGGCAUGACUCCUAAGUCUGUAAUGCGCGUGACCCAAACCCCCCACUUUUCUCUCAUGUAGACGCCCAGUUUGCCAUGCAGAAUAGACAAGACUGUAGCAACUCCAAAACUUGUCAUGCUUGGCAGUCGAUUGAGGUUUUCUCGUUUUUCUCAACCAGCAUCACAAGUUUCCAGACCCAGACAUUUUUGCAUUUGAUACCUUUUCAACCAACUGACGACACCGAUACCCUACGAAACCUCCUACCUCGUGUCUUCGGUUUACCUCUUAUCCACAGGCAAUUUCCCGUACACGUACACAUGCGGUCUCUGCAUGACAAAAAUUGGCUUCGAUCCUAGUCUAGCAUGACAAGUUUUACGCUUCAAAUUGGCGAAAUUUGUGAUGCAUCUUGUACAUGUACGGGAAAUUUGUAUUGCAUACCUCUCGCUCACGUCCGGCGCCUUUGGCGCUUCCGUGUGCACCGUGACAUGGGUAUUCCCUCAAAUAAAGUCACCAUCUUCCGCCCCAUCCAAUUUGUCAUGCAAAUAAACAUGUACGAAAAUGUAAAUGAUUCUGUGUUUGUCAUGCAAAAAGGGAAUGGGGAUCACAUCAUGGUUGAUAAAUUUCAGACAAUACUGCACGGUCUUUCUCGCGAUGUGGGGCCCGGGACUGGCGCUGCGGGGUCCCGACGGAAUUGCCAGCUUUCACCGGGCAGUGGACUUUUUGAAGAAAGAGCAAGAGUCCGUCUACUUGAUGUUUAAGCUGGCGAUAUUCUAAGUAAAAACAUCCCCACCCCAGAGUUGUCAUGCAAAUCUGCAUGCCAAAAAAGUUUCUCAUGCGAAGCCCCAUGAGAGGCUUUUUCUAGUCGUGUUUUGGGAUAAUUUGUGAUGCUAGAAACAGCAUGAUAUGAUAGACCUGUGAUGCUGCUGAACUAGCUAAACAGGAUGACACUUCUACGAGGAUGAACUUGUCGUGCGAAACAACCAAAGGUGGCUGAUUUGUCUAGCAGAUUUCCCAUCUUUACCCUGGUAUGGGGACGCUUUUACUCAGGAUAGGCCAUCUUGCUGUAUUUCUUCUCCAGUAUCCUGCUGACCUGGGUUUUCCCGAGUCGGUUCUACGUGCAUCUAUCCUGUAUGCUGAUUUUUGCGGGGAUUUUUGCCUUUGUCUUUCUACUUAUGAGGGUGCACAACUGCCCCCCUCAUUUGUCGGGCAUAAACAGCAAUACAAGCGUCGGCAACAAUGCAGGUCUUGCAUGACAACUUCGCCCAGGAAGAUUGUAGUGCUGUUUGAGGUUCCAGAAUUUGUCAUGCAAAAAGUGCCAAGGGGCAAAGGGUGGAUUUGGUAUUUUGCAUUACAAAUGAGGGGGAGAGGGAGUUGUGUAGUCUCAUACUCCUCGAGCGCUCCAUGAAGUCGAAACUGAAGGGAUUCAGUAUAACCCGCUCAGGUGUUACAAUCUCAAACGUUACAAUAGAAUAUGGAAAUCUGUGAUGCAAAAGGGCAUGAUCUAGCCACCUCUCAUAGUAUUGCGCAUGACAAGUUCUGGAGUCCCAAUCCGCACUACAAUCUGGCGAAAUUUGUAUUGCAGAAAGUGGAAUGCUCUCCGAGUCUGUCAUGUUCAUCAUGCAAGACAAAUCUUUUUGUCCGAGUCUGUCAUGUUCAUCAUGAAAAGGCAUUUUGUGAUCUUUUUGUCUUUUGUUUUGUGCCUAUAUAGGAUCCUUCUUUCCCCCUUUUGUUGCGGCCUCCCCCCGUUCCGCAGUUCCUCUGCCAAAAGGAUCUGCUCCAUAGAUCUUCCCUUUACUUCUUGUGCUGACCGGUGUUUAUUUACCUCUGAAGCUUGAUCAAGGUUUCCUUUCUGCUACGAGCAAGAAUACCUGUAUACCCGGAUGUCUUCUUUGUGACAUGAUGCACGGAAUGGAGAUAUGCACUGACAGACAGGACCCCUUCUGAACCCCCUGCCCCGACCAACCCCAGAGCGGGGCUGAAGAAAUUUUUUAUGAAUUUGUCAUGCGUGCUAGGAAAGGAAAAAAUGGCACGAGAAAAUAAUGACGAAGCAGCACAAGAAGAGAUAGCUGUUGCACAAUUUGGGGAUGAUAUUGCGGUUACAGUACCGAUGGGAGUAAGACAAGGACUGAUGGGACCGGAAAUACUGCAACUCAUCCGCCGGGUGCUAGGACAAGAAGAACCCCAAGAACGCCCCAGACACGGCGCAAAUAAUCACAUAUUGGCGCUCGACAUCAACAACUUCUUCAACGCGGUGCCAGUCCAUGCGCAACGGGCGGAGGGGGAAGACGGUGCUGAGCGUGAUGGGCAAGAUGACGAAGAACAAGCGGACCAAAACGAGGGCGCAGAACAAGCUGCAGAACAAGGUGGGGGAAACCGAAACAGGAGGAGAUUCAUGGGAAGUCACAGCGUCAGAUCACGAAAAGCUUAGUCUUUUUUUCAUGAAAUAACUUCAACGAAGAUAAUAAAAAAAAAAAGAACGGCAAUGGAGCUGACAUCUGGUGGGUGCUAAACGAAAAAGAAAUGUGAACGAUGUGGAGCUGACAGCAAAAACCAAUUUAGAUGAAUGCUGAUGGCGACGUAGAGCCUGCUGGUGGAAUGAUGAUAAAGAGGCACCCCUAAAGUAAAACUUUCUCUCUAGGUGUGUUCGCAGAUGCAGCAAUUCAUAGCAAAAAUCCAAGGAUGCAAUGCGCAGGGAGAUUCUGCAACAUUUUGCUGCGAAUAGAUUUGUCAUGCUAUUAUAAAAAAAUAAGAGAUGAACGCUCUUUCUCUCCAAGCAGCUAUAAAGCUAGGAGCAGCGAGUUGCCGAUAAGCAGCCGGCCGGAUCGCUCCCAGGCCGUCAUCAUGAACAUGCCGCCGCCUGGUCUGCCCGUCAAUUAGUCAACAAGUGGUGAGACGAUGUCGAUGGGAGAAAAAGUAGACAAAUGCCAGGCGAGAUCCCAGGGCGCAACAACGUCGGGCUACGGCAAAAGUGCGCUCAUGAUCUAGUCGAUGUUCCUGUCCCAGCUACCCUGAUGGAAGGAAUAACGAAGAACAUAACAGUGCGGGAUCAGCGUUGACGUGAUAUCCACCCGCUGAUGCUGCUGUUCCCGUGGGUAUGGUGCAAGUCCUUCCCAUGUCUGGCACCAUGCACGGGCUCCGGCGGCAUCAGCGCAUAAAGAUGUCAUGGCUGCGGUGGUUCCGUACUAGCGGACCGGCUGGAACGAGAAAAAGUAAGAAGCUUAAUUAGAAGGAGGCGAGGUACAGCAAUAAAAAUUGCAGUAAGUUCUUUUCUUGUAGUAAAGAUAAGUAGAUGUAAGCUGAGUAUCCUUGUUAGUCUUAGUCAUGCGCACGGUCGACCUGACGGUGGAAUACGGUUAUCCAGGAGGAAAGGAAAAUUUAAUACGCAAUGCAAGUAAUAGAGUAAAGCAGUUUGUUGGGGGCUCAAGAGAAAAAGCUGAUAUUCACGUUUGCAGUUCUUUCAUGCGGAGCUCUUACUUUUCAAUUACGUCAGCUCCCAGAAGCAGAUGAUCUGGAUAUGAUUUGUAAACAAAUUUGAAAAGUAAGAGCUGAGAAAAAUGUAAAUAGAAUAUCAAUAUAUUAUUAAACCAACAACAAACUGGCGAAGAAAUCUAUUACUUUUUUUGGAAACUGCAUACUGCAAGAUAGAAAGCAAGGGCUGUGGACGGGGAAAGGUAUAUUCUGCGUAGGUCCGCUCUGCGGUCUACGCACAACUCGACGAAGAUCCGGAACUCUGAAGAUUUAUAUGCUGUUUUAUAUGAUGUCGGUUGUGUUUUUAUAUGUUGUGGAUCGCAUCGGAUCCGGCUGGGGCAAUAAGUUUUUGCAUGUGCAUCGUGUGGUAGCCCAUGGCGGAGAGGACCACUGUCCUCGAGUCUGCCCCCCAGCCCUGGCAAAAAAAAAAAAAAAAAUCAUGCAAGACAAAUCUCAGAUUCUAUUGUAACGCUUGAGAUUGUAACGUUUGAGUAGGUCAUAUUCAGCAUCGAGACGCUGCAGAACGAAAACGCACUGGUGGACGGGAAGAUCGAAUCGUUGAAACAGUUGGGGAAAGUGGGAGACUUGGACGAAUCGGCCACAAUUAGCUUCGACCAGGAUUAUAUGGAUCGUGAAAACCACCAGCAAACGACGCAAUUCGCGAACGCGGCAAAAACGAACGCCUUCACGACCUUUUUCGGCGGCGGCGGGAGCAGCGGCACCUCUGCCGCGGCGCACCCUGGCGGAGACACCAAGCGCGGGGAGUACCAUCACGGGCUGUACGACACCACCGUCACUAGGGAGAUCUACCAGGAGAACAUGCAUGGCGGAAGUUCCACCCAUGGGCGGCAGGAGCACGGUAGCAUUCACAUAUGAUAUAAAUCGUGCUAGACGCAGUCGUAGAAGAAAAACCUGGUGCAGCGUCGUGUUGUAGCAGCUCAGCACCCCUUGUUAUUGUUUGUCCAAACAUCCUGCUGUUGAAGUUGAGAUGAACUACAAGACAAGCACUUCUGAAUAAAGUUUAGAAGCAAGGUGAAAUUAUAAUUAAUAAAUGCGAUGUUGUACUAUUAUAGCAAUAGCAACGUAUGUCGGAUUCCUCAACACACGACCCCACUACAGGUGGAUCCGGGGGUUCGGUGGCGCAGACAGUUCUCCGCUCCCUGCACGACUUUAUGUUCUCAUCUCCCUCGUCCGCGGUUGCAGCAGGAGAGGACCCCACCACCGCGUCGAGAAGACUACAGAACGGGCAGCUGUACCAUGGUGUGAGUACUAGUGCUAUCAACUGUAAAAAAUGUCUGGGUCUGGAAGAAUGCAACUUGUCAUGCUGAUUUUGGAUUCUAAAAAAAAUUUGUAUUGCAUGAGCAGCAAAGGGAGUCCAAGUUUUGGUACACGGAAAGAGCAUUUGUCAUGCGGUAUAGGCAUCGGGAAGCCCUCACAAAAUCUGUGAUGCUAGGGCAUGCAUCACAGACAUCAGAAGUCAUGCAAAAUGUGCAUGAAAAGCCUGGCAAUCUUCCAGACCCAGACAUUUUUACAUUUGAUAAGUACAGCCAGCGGCAUUCGAUCCCCGCCGGAGCCGCUUUCUGCGUCCAACCAAACAAACCAGCACCUCUAUGCACUGCAAAAGUAUAUUAACGUACUCGGAGUAAUCGCAACCUCGCAUGACAAAUCGACUUUUGUAGCUGAAUCAGCAUUUUUACAAAUUCCAUUUGUGUUAUAUUAUUCUGAGAAAAUUUGUACAAAGGCAAUUCCCAGUAGUACGAUAGCGAUUUACAUAGUUUUGCAAUGCAUAAUCUCUUGGUGAAUGCAACCAAGGACAGCGUCCUCUCAACCAGCACCGCCGGAUUUCCAGGCGGGGGCACGGUGCCGCUUCUGAACGGGAGCGCGACGGCGGGCACGGGGGCACCGGAAUCUCCCCCAAGGCCGAAGUGA